AUGGAUGCUGGUCAUUUAACUAUAGAAAAUGUCACACAGUUACUACAUCAACAUACAUUCCCCGCAUCUGUCGAAGCUGCCCUACUGGCUAUACGUGAAUGUCCAAUGUUUACACGGCAAGAUCUAUCUACGCUAGCCAAUCGUUUCGUCUUUUGCCACUCGUUGGUCCCGUCGAACGGCAAUUCAUCUCAAAUGGUUUGGAUCAAAACAUUAAACAACAUUCAGGAAUUGCACAUACUAGAUUUGAUUCGACAAUUUCUCGAAAAGCAAGCGGAUCUGUCUGUUGCUAGUCGAGUUUUCGACACGAUAUUCCUUGACGUCUUAUCAGAUCAAGAUCAUCCCUUGUUUAUACUCUAUUAUAAUUUAUUCUUAAAAUUUCUUUCAUUAGUCAUUUCAUUCGAAUCGCAAACAUCUUUGACAAUUGUCGCACGAUGGUUUUUGACUCUAUCCAAAACCACAUCCGAUAAACCGAUCAUGAAAAUCAUCGAACAUACUAUACGUGAACACAUUGCAUUAGCAAGCACGAAAUCAGUUAAUAACCUGUGCGCCAUCUCACCAUUGUUUACAUUGUGCUUCAUCAAUCAAACUUGUAUAUUACUGAAUGAUGAAAAUUUUCGUCUGGAUACCAAAGUCAUUGAAACAUUAAUUGACUUGCUCACAUUUGGGUUGACAAAUUCGACUAAUUUAUUAAUUUCGACAUUGCAACAAGAAAUUCUGGCCGAAAGUAGUUUAUCGCUGAUUAAUUUCGUUCCAUCGAUGGUUCGCUUGGAUGUUCUCUUUCCACUCCGUUCAUUCCAAUCAGCAACAUUACAUUUACACUUCGAUCGUUUUCAUACAUCAAUUCUGUCGUUUUUAUUCUCAAUGAUUACAAACAAGUCUCCUCAGAGUCAAGUUUUUCAAAAAAGUCUCUUCCCUUCGGAUCAUUUUCAACAACUAUGUGCGGUUAUCCAAGAUUCAUCCGCGUCGGAGAAAUCUAUUCACGCAUGCAUUCAACGUUAUUUACAAAUCUUAGCUAUCUGCAAGACAUCCUCGUUCCCAUUAAGUCAAAUAGCAUUGAAUGAGCUAAGCGCAUUUUUCCCUUUACUUGCACGUGACAAACUAUUCGAUAUUCUGAAAGAAAAAGAAGAGCAUAGUCAUGUUUCAAAAUAG